AUGAAAGAGUGGGAAGAAUGGGAUGGGAUGGGAGAAAGGAGAGAAGAAGAAGGAGUAAGUGGUGUUUCUGUUUUAAUAAGUAUAAUGCCACGUCUUCAGAUUUUGGAUAUUUGGGGAUGCCCAAAGCUAAAGGCACUGCCCAACUUCCUUGAGACAACUUCGUUAAAGGAAUUGAGUGUCAAUUGUGGAAUUUCCAAUUGGAUGACGUUGGCAACAUUAUCCGGAUUGAAAACACUUAGUCUCGAUCUGAAUAACGACGUAGUAGAGCAUUUGCCCCCUUUGGGGAAGCUGUUGUUGGUCGAAUCAUUAGAGAUACAGUGUGGCCAUAGAGUGAAAAAGGUGGGCGUUGAAUUUUUGGGAAUAGAAGAAGAAUCCAACAACAAGAAGAAGAAGAUAGACGACGAGAAGGGAUUGACUUCAUCAUCUUCUUCUUCUUCGCUUGUCUUAUUCCCUAAUUUAAAGUCUCUUGAAUUUUGUAAUUUGGAAGAGUGGGAAGAAUGGGAUGGGAUUGGAGGAACAAUGAGAGAAGAAGAAGCACAAGAAAGUGGUGUUACUAUCACUAUUAUGCCACGUCUUCAGGAAUUGCGAAUUUAUAAUUGCCCCAAGCUGAAGUCGCUGCCAGACUUCCUUUCUACAACUCCAUUGAAGACACUGGAGAUCUGGUUGAGUCCAAUUCUCGGUGAAUGUUGCCAAACAGAGAUAGGAGAUCAAUGGCCCAACAUUUCUCACAUACCCAUCAUUCAUAUUGAUGGGAGAAGUGUGCGAAGAGAUGGUCAUCCAAUGCAAACUUGA